AUGACGGGUCACGGGAUGGAUGAUUAUCGACGAAGAAGGGACCGGGUCCAGCGUAGAGUGCUAGCAGCUGAGGAGAAACUUCGAUCUCGAGCUGACGGCGUACCCUCUGACUCUGAUGCUUCGGAAGAUGAACUCAUAUGGGUGCCACGAGAUCUCAAGAUUAAGCCAGACCAGCGUACCAAGGAGAUCAAGAAACUAGUCAAAGAUGACCUUGAAGCUGAGCGUGAAAAAGAAGAUUACUGGGAUUCCUUGUAUAGCGAUCCUGAGAUUCAUCCAGACUUCGUCAAUGGCCCGGAUAGUGAUUCCGAUGAAGAAUUUGAAGAGGACUCCGAGAAAGAUGAUGAUGAUGAAUCUGAUAAUUCUGGAAAAUCUGAUGAAUCUGACGAGUAG